UCGGUCACGUGAGCCGCUUAAAUGGCAAGGACGGAGGCGGGAGGCGGAGCAGGUGCGGGGGUUUCACUCCGGGUUCGCGGGCUGACAAAGGGAACCGGAAGUGAAGACAAAGCGGCCGCGCCGUAGCCGUGGUACAGAGACAACCCAGCAAUGGCUUCAGGAACAGCUUUGAUUUACGAUGAUGAAAUGACAAGUCACAAACUACUUUGGGAUAACCCUGAGUGUGAUAUUGAAGUGCCGGAAAGAUUGUUAUCCACCUAUGAGCAACUUAAACAUUAUCAUCUUUUGGAAAGAUGUGUCCAUGUACCUGUCAGGGAAGGAACUGAAGAAGAGAUCAUGUUGGUUCACAGUUCAGAAUACUUGGAAGUUGUAAAGAGCACCCAGACAAUGAAUGAAGAAGAACUCCGAAGAGUCUCAGAAAAUUAUGAUGCUGUUUACUUUCAUCCGAAUACUUACCGCUGUGCUAAACUAGCAGUAGGAGCAACUUUGCAACUGGUGGACUCUGUGAUGUCAGGAAAAGUGUGCAAUGGAAUGGCAUUAGUAAGGCCUCCAGGUCAUCACAGCCAGCAAAAUGCAGCCAAUGGAUUCUGUGUGUUUAAUAACGUUGCUAUUGCAGCUCAGUAUGCCAAAAGAAGAUACGGUCUUCAGAGAAUUCUCAUUGUUGACUGGGAUGUGCACCAUGGACAAGGAAUUCAAUAUGUAUUUGAAGAGGAUCCCAGUGUUCUCUAUUACUCCUGGCAUCGCUAUGAACAUCAGCAGUUCUGGCCCUUGCUCAGAGAAUCUGAUUAUGAUGCUGUUGGUCAGGGAAAAGGAAAAGGAUUCAAUUUAAAUGUACCUUGGAAUAAGGUUGGAAUGGGAAAUUCAGAUUAUCUAGCUGCAUUUUUCCAUGUGUUGCUUCCAGUGGCUUUUGAGUUUGUUCCAGAACUUAUUCUGGUCUCUUCUGGAUAUGAUUCAGGAAUUGGUGACCCGGAAGGUCAGAUGAAUGCUACUCCGGAGUGUUUUGCCCACCUUACACAUUUCCUAAUGCAGUUAGCUAAUGGAAGGCUGUGUGCAGUUCUAGAGGGUGGAUACCAUUUGAAGUCAUUGUCUGAAUCAGUCUGCAUGACUGUAAAAACUUUGCUUAGAGACCCUCUCCCCCAGAUCUCGGGAGAAAUGGCGCCGUGCUUAAGUGCUGUUGAGUCUAUACAAAACGUGAGAGCUGCACAUAAACCAUACUGGAAAUGUUUGAUGUAUGAAGAAGCAACUCCUUUACACAAUCUCAUUACCAAGUCACAACAGAUGAUGGAGGCUGAGCUAAUUCAAACUAGUACACAUCCCACAGCAAAGCAAGAGGUUGGGAAGACUAACAGUGAUGAAGCUAUCAAAACAGACAGGUUUUUGGAAUCACACAUGAAAAAAAUUCUCUUUCCAGUGCCUCCUGUUAAAACAGCAGCAGCAAUUGUCUCUAAAGCUGAUGCACAUUUUCUACCAAUAUCUGUUCAAGUGGAGAUGGAAAUGAAUGCACAAGAACUGAAAACUCUUUUCAGUGCAUUUGAUGCAGAACUUGUGAAGGAAGAGAGAGCUUUACUCUCUCUUCAGAAUGUGGUGGCUGUCCUAGAUAAAAUACUAAAGAAGGAGGUGUGCAAUGGAAUUGCAGAAUCAUCUCUGGCUUCUGUUUCUAUGACCUUUGCACUAAAACACUGCUUUGAUUUUGGAUUACAAAGAGUGCUCUGCAUAGUUGUUGGAGACAUGGAUCUUGAACUCGAUUUAGAUGAUGGAAAAAUACUUUUGAUGAACAUUUGCCAGAAACAACAAACUGAAAAGGCCAACUCCAAAUAUCAUAUUUCUCUGAACUGGAAAGAGGAUGCUGAAAGAAACAAUUUCUUUUGUGCUGUACUUGGAUUCAUUCUUCCUGUAGCGUAUAGCUAUCAACCUGACUUAAUGAUAAUAGUAAUUGGACCAAACAGGAGCCUUGGUGUAAAUGGGAUUUCUCUGCUUACUUGUUUACUGCAAGGAUUAGCUGAGUCUCGAAUUCUUGUGGUAAUUCAGGACACAGAAAUAAAACUAGUGCAAAGUGUAGCCAAAGCCUUAUCAGGUGUUCCUGCACCUGACUUUGGAGCCUAUGCACCUGCUUCCCAAGAAAAUGUACUUGAAAUAAAACGAUUAAGAAACCAACUUCAACAGGAAUGGAAAAUGCUUCGAUGUUCAGUAAGGGACUGGAUUUCUGGAAGCUGAGGUCACUUGACUACCUUUGGGCUCCAUCAUUUAACACAUUUCAUCAUCACAGAAGGAAAAAGUGUGUUGUCACUUUUUUGGUUGUUUUCUUUUAAAUCAAUGAACAAAGAUUAUCAAGACAUGGCCACAGCAAGAGCCAUUCACAAUUGUUUUAUGACUUUAUUAAAUAUUUUUGUUCAAAAGAGCCACAUUUUCAGCUAAGAGCUCUUGCUGCGUGUCCACAAAAGCAUUCAUGUAUCAAGUUGUGCAUGCAAAACCUGCAUUUGCUUGUAACUGCCUGCCAAAUUAUGGACCCAGUCCUGCAAACAUGUAUAGAAUUGUAGAAGUGGAAGGGACCUUGAGAGGUCAUCUAGUCCAGUCUCCUGCACUCAAGGCAGGACUAAGUAUUAUCUAGACAAGGAGUAGUCAAUAGGUGGACCGUGGGCCAAAUCCGGAUCACCAGAUGCUUUUGAGCAUACCCCGAAAUCUUUUUUAUGUACUUAUUAUUAUUACUUUCUCUGGAGUCUGGACCCUGACUAUAUCUUGACCACGAAAUUUGGACCUUGACAAAAAAUAAUGGACUACCCCAAUCUAGACCAUCCCUGACAGGUGUUUGUCUAAAACUUCUUAAAAACCUCCAAUGAGAGAGAUUCCACAUGAAUGGUCCUAUUUAACUCAAUGAGACUGCUCAUGUGUAUAAGUGUUUGCAGGAUUGUGCCUAUAUGUUUUAUGAGUGCAAAGAUGGGUUUUGCACAUUCAGUAAGCUGAGUGUAUAUGAAUUGUGAAGCUGAUUGGAAACUUGGGCCCAAAUGGAGAGCAGGGAGAAAAUGAGUGGUCAUAAUACAGUAAUUGAGGAGUUUUCUGAAUUACUCCAAAGUAUGAACAAAUGCUCUGCAGUGCCUUCCAGCAACAUGCAUCAAACCCAUUUAAUUCUGAAUUAAACUUUUAAUUGACAGUCCUCUAGCCUCCUUUUCUAUCAUCCACUAAUCUCCUAUUGCAAACUUCCAUCUUACUUUCCAUGGACCAGAUGCUGGUACCCAGGUUGAAUUGCAAAAUAAUUUCACUUAGGUCAAUGGGACUACUCAUGGCGUAAGGUUAUCAGAACCUGACCAUAUGUUAGUAGUCACCAUUCCCUACAACUCCUCCCACACAAACAUAGCCACACUUUCUCUUGUUUCUUAAUUUUUUUUGAUCAACAGUUAUCUGCCUAGCUGUUUCCAGGAAAGAAUUUUAAAAGAAAAACACUUGGGGGCAUAUUAUAUUUUGAAAAUAUGCAUCUGGUGUUGAUGUUUAAUAUUCUGGCAUAUACAGCAUUCUUUUCAUCUUUAUAUUACUUUAUUCAAUUUAUUAAGGCAAGGAGCCAGAAACUCCUGAGUUAUCUUCCGUUUGUUAGUGGCUUCUUCUGUGGCUUUUGAUAGUCCUCUGACCAGUCUCUGCCUCAGUUUCUCCAGCUGUAAAAUGUAAUAGUCCUCCCCUCCCAGGAUUAAAUAGUUCAUUUCUAUGAAGUGCUUUGUAGCUGAAAAGCACAAUAUAAGCACUAAGCAGUAUUAUUAAAUGGAGUGGUUUGAAUAGCUAACACUGAAGGUAGGAUCUGUUUUUUGUUUCAUUUGGGAUAUUUACAUACGUGGUAGCUAGGUGAGCUGAGAAGUGUUUUGAUUUGUUGAUGUACUUCAUUUUGCAUGACAGAUUUCUAUAGUAGGAGGGAUGAGCUGGAGUGCCAAUGAGAAGCGCAAUCAGGAAAGUAACAAAUACUUUCCUCAUGAUUGUAUUUUCUAAAUGGACAACUAUUCUGAUUCUCAAUUACUGGGGGACAGUCUCCACUCAUUGGCAUAUUUUUGCUUUCCACAACCAAAUCUCUGCACAACUUUUCAUGAGUGAUGUACCCGAGUAUUCGGACUCUAGAUUUUAACAAUACAGUUGAGAUAUUAUUCACCUAAAUCUGGGUUAUUGCUGAUCAUGUACUCUAUGUAUCAUAUGACUUUUAAAAAAAUAAUUUUGUAUUUGUGGAUAAUCUAAGCAUUAUAACCAGAUGUACAGACACUCUUUCCCCACCUAUGUAUUAUAUAACUUUUUUUAACAUUAGCUUUUUUGGUGCUGUUAAGGCUCAGUAAGGAUUGACUAGGCAUAGAGACUGGACUGAACCUACUCUGCAGUUCGUGCAGAUGCACCUAUGCUAGGUGUAAUCUAACUAGCUUGCUAAAAUGAGCAGUGAGGACACACCAGUGCAAGUUUCAGGUGGGCUACCAAUGCGAGUACGUACCCAGUGGGGCCAGGUGGGCUUGUACAGCCUGCACUGAAGCUCAUGCCACCAAGUCCUCACUGCUAUUUUAGCUAUAUUACAGCUAGUGCUGGUACAUCUACGUGAGCUGCAAAUUACACCCCUGGAUAUCAAUGUAGAUGUAGCCUUAAAAGCAGUCCUGUCCAGGUCAGGCUUGAAGCACUGCUCUGCAAGUGUCAUACAUGUUCAGUGGACUUUUCAGGCCAGCCUCUUUCAUGAACAGAAAGUUCCCCAUACAACAAAGUUUAAAAAUAAAGAAAAUUUAAAAAAAAAAAAGGCAGGGAGUGUAGCAGUACUAGAGUAAUAUGCCAUCCCUAAUGUAACUAAAAUUAAUGUAUAGAUUCUGAAGCCAGAAGGGACCACUGAGAUUAUGUAGUAUGUCCCCAGCACUCGCACACAUAACGAGGCAACAAAAUAAUCCCUGUUUGAACGGAAGUGUAUUUUUCAG